AUGAGUGGCCCCAAGACCCCUGAUAUUACCCUCUACACUGCCCAGACUCCCAAUGGGAUCAAGAUCUCCAUUGCGCUGGAGGAAUUAGGGCUUCCGUAUAAAGUUCACAAGAUUGAUAUCAGCAAGGGCGUUCAGAAGGAGCCAUGGUUCCUUGAAAUCAACCCCAACGGACGCAUCCCCGCGAUUACGGACACGUUCGCAGACGGCCAGCAGAUCCGCAUCUUCGAGUCGGGAAGCAUCCUGCAAUACCUGGUCGACCAGUACGACAAGGACUACAAGAUCUCGUACCCGCCCGGCACGCGCGAGUACUACGAGAUGAUCAACUGGCUGUUCUUCCAGAACGCGGGCGUGGGCCCCAUGCAGGGCCAGGCGAACCACUUCAACCGCUACGCGCCCGAGCGCAUCGAGUACGGCGUCAAUCGCUACGUCAACGAGACGAGACGCCUCUACGGCGUCCUGGACAAGCACCUCGCCAACUCCAAGUCCGGGUACCUGGUCGGCGACCACGUCUCCAUCGCGGACAUCGCGCACUGGGGGUGGGUGACGGCCGCUGGCUGGGCGGGCGUCAACCUCGACGAGUUCCCCCAUCUCAAGGCGUGGGAGGAGCGCAUGCUGAGCCGGCCGGCUGUCGAGAAGGGUCGGCAUGUGCCGGACCGCCACACCAUCCGGGAUAUCCUCAAGAACGAGGAAGAGGCUAAGAAGCACGCUGCUGAGGGCGCGGCUUGGAUUCAGAAGGGGAUGGCAGAAGACGCGAAGAAAUAA